AUGGAGGCAAAACAGGCCCUGUGCUUGACCAUGCGUUUGUGUUGCAGCUCUGCCUCAGAGGACUUGGGCUGCAGGCGUGGAGACUUCAGCAGGAAACACUAUGGUUCGGUCGAGCUGCUGAUUUCCAGUGACGCAGAUGGGGCCAUUCAGCGGGCAGGACGCUUCAGGGUGGAGAAUGGCUCGUCAGAUGAGACUUCGGACUACACUCCAGGAACCUGGAGGAGAACCGAUGUCCAUCUGGAGAAUCCAGAGUACCACACCAGAUGGUUCUUUAAAUACUUCCUGGGAAAAGUCCACCAGAACUAUGUGGGUACAGAUGCAGAGAAGAAUCCCUUCUACCUGUCAGUCGUCCUCUCAGACCAGAACAACCAGCGGGUUCCUCAGUACAGAGCCAUCCUCUGGAGGAAGACGGGCACUCUGAAGAUCAGCCUCCCCUACAGCCCGACCAAAACACUAUCAGUCAAGUCUAUCCUAAGUGCAAUGAACAUGGACAGGUUUGAGAAAGGCCCCAGGGAGAUCCUCAACCCGGAGAUUCAGAAGGAUCUGCUGGUGCUGGAGGAACAGGAGGGUUCUGUCAACUUUAAAUUUGGUGUACUAUAUGCCAAAGAUGGACAGCUCACAGACGACGAGAUGUUUAGCAACGAGAUGGGCAGCGAGAGCUUUGAUAAGUUUCUCAAUCUGCUGGGUGAUUCCAUUACACUGCAGGGAUGGGCAGGUUACCGCGGAGGGCUAGACACCAAGAAUGACACUACAGGAAUUAAGUCCAUCUACACGGUGUAUCAAGGCCAUGAGCUCAUGUUCCACGUGUCCACCAUGUUACCGUACUCUAAAGAGAACAAACAGCAGGUGGAGAGAAAGAGGCAUAUUGGAAAUGACAUUGUUACCAUAGUGUUCCAAGAAGGGGAUGAUGCAUCGUCGUCCUUCAAACCGUCUAUGAUCCGAUCGCACUUCACCCAUAUUUUUGCAUUAGUUAGGUAUAAUAGCCAGAAUGACAGUUACAGGUUGAAGAUUUUCUCAGAGGAGAGUGUCCCGCUGUUUGGACCUCCUCUCCCAUCUCCGCCUGUAUUUACUGAUCACCAAGAAUUCAGGGACUUUUUAUUAGUCAAAUUAAUCAAUGGAGAGAAAGCCACACUGGAGACACCAACGUUUGCCCAGAAGCGCCAGCGGACCCUUGACAUGUUGAUCCGCUCGCUUUACCAAGACCUCAUGCCUGACCUGCACAAGAACAUGUUAAACCGACGGUCCUUCAGCGACGUGCUGCCCGAGUCUCCAAAGUCGGCACGCAAGAAGGAGGAGGCACGGCAGGCUGAAUUUGUCAGAAUAGGGCAGGCCCUGAAGCUAAAGACCAUCGUGAGGGGAGACGCCCCGACCAGCCUUGUUACCACAGGCCUGUGCAGAAAAGAGCCAUGGGAGUCCCAGUCGUUCUGCAGCACGUUCCCCUACGAGAUCGUGUGCGCCGACUCCUGGGGUCAGUCGCUGCUGGCUGCCACCGACACAGCAGGGGUCAUGCUGCUAGAUGGCCCUGAUCCCGCCUUGUCAAGCAGCGAGACGCAGACGCUGCUCCCGGUGCAGGUGUUCGACAAAACCAUGGUGGUGAAGCAGAUGCACGUUCUUGAGCCUCAGGACCUGCUCAUCACCCGAGCUGACAAAGGCAAGGACGCUCGGCUGUAUGUGUUCCGACUCAGCACGAUGAAACGAGGCCUGGAGGAGAGGCAGCUCGUCAGAAGCAAGUGUGACAGCCGCGAGAAUAAACUGGAGAAAACUAAAGGUUGUCAUUUGUACUCCAUCAACACCCACCACGGCUCAGAGCUGAGGAUAGUAGCAGCCAUCAGGAACAAACUCCUCCUCAUCACCAGGAAACACCCGCGCUUCGAAGGUUUCAGCGCCGUCGCCUCAGGAGCUGACUCACCGGUGGAGGAGUUUCAGUACAUACGGGAGAUCUGUCUGUGUGACCCGCCGGUGGUGAUGGCGCUGGUGGACGGACCGACGGGGGAGAAUGACAAUAUGAUCUGUGUGGCCUACAAACAUCAGUUUGACCUGAUCAAUGAGAGCACUGGAGAUGCCUACCGGCUACAUCAUGUCGACGCCAACAGGGUAAAUUUCGUAGCAGCCAUUGAUGUGUAUGAAGACGGCGAGGCAGGUCUGCUGUUGUGUUACAACUAUAUUUGUUACUAUAAGAAAGUUUGUCCGUUUAACGGCUCCACGCCGAUGAUCCAGUCCAACACCUCCGAUUUCCACUUCAGCUGGAACCAGAUGCCCAACGCUAUUGUUUGUGCAUUUCCUUACAUCCUGGCCUUCACAACGGACUCCAUCGAGAUCCGACUGGUGGUCAAUGGAAACCUUGUGUACACAGCGGUGGUCCCGGAGCUACAGUUGGCUGCUUCACGGUCGGACAUCUAUUUCGUCUCGUCGGCUCCGGUGAGCUCAGCCUCCAACUGCAGUUCCAGAGACACCAGCUCCCAGAGUUCCCCACAGACGCCCACCGGCUACGAGAUGCCCGUGUUCCCUUCGCCGCUCGGUGACGAUUCUAUACGGAUCCCCUAUGGUACCAAGCUUUCCCUGUACAUGUCUAAGGAUGCCGAAGGUGAAGCUGCGUGUAAGCACAUCUUCAAGAUCCCACUCUGUAACUUGGUGGGCCGCAGCAUUGAACGGCCGCUGAAGUCCCCUCUGGUCAACAAGGUGCUGACGACGCCGGCCCCGGCCAUGGUGCCCCCGACGCCCCUCAUCUCCGCCACACACUCGCUUUCCUUGUCCCGCAUGGAGAUCAAAGAGAUAGCCAGCCGCACACGGAAGGAGCUGCUCGGCUUGACAGAGGAACCGAGUGGAAAAUCAGACAGCGGAUCAGUCAAACAGAGAAAGAUGAGCAAGAAGAACACCGAGGAGGAGCCCAAAGGACGAGCACUGACGUCAACAAACAGUGACAGGUUAGCCUCAGAGUCCAUUGAAGCAGACCUGGACGUCCAGCUGCAUUGUUCGUCGAGUUCGGAGGCCGAGCCGGAGAAGGCGGUGCUGCAGGCGGAGAGUCCACCCCUCGCCAGCGCGUUCGCUCUCCCCACGUCCUUCGAAGAAGAUGUCCUGGACCUAAAGUGAAGACAAUCCCAUUGUGCACUUCUCUGCCCACCCACUCCUGUACUGUCACCAUUAUUUUAUUGUUUGGUUUUUAAUUUGUUUGUUGAAUUCCUUUUUCUUGUCCUUUUCGUUUGUUUAUAUCCCAGUAACAUGGGCCUCCUCGUUCAUCUGACAAAAUGGGUGCAGUGGGAGUUAGAACACAUGUCUGUGUGCGUGUUUGUUUUCGUGAGCAGUCCCUCAGCCACUGUGUGUUGGGUGUUUGUGUUGCCCCCCCGCAGCAAAUAACCCAAAGAGGCGAUGAGGUUGUGUAAGAUGCCGUGGUGUUUUCAGACUUCUGCAACAGCUUUGAAGUAACAGUUUGAUCCCAAACCACAAGCUGAAUGUAAACCUGCGCACCGAGGCACGACAAAAAAUCUCUGCGUUCACAUUUCCCUCUGAAGUCGCUGGAGCUUAAUAUGUGUUGUAUAUUAUGUGAUUAUUUCCGAUCCACUUUCCAAUGUUGUAUGAUAUGCAUAUGUAUGUGUACAUCUGUUUAUACAUGAAAGUGCACACGGUGGCAGGCGUAUAUGCCCGUCUGGCCUGUGAUGCAUAUUUAUAGAUAUAUUAUAAAAAUCAAUUUUAUUCCCAUAUUUAGUAAAAGUAUGAUGUUUUAUGCUCUCUGCACAUUUUAGUCCUUAUUCUUCUCCUUAUUCACAGUAUACAGGUAGACAGGGCUGGAGGCAAAGUCUCCCACAAGUGCCAUUUCCCAGCAUCCUCCAUUGAACUACACCUCGAAACAGCCACCGUAUUCUGGUGUCUGACAGUAGCAGCCAUGAUUGUAGUCCGCAUUAGAUUACAAUGGUGACCCACAACUCCGAUGAGUUUGAAUUCACUUACUGGAGGCACUCUCUCGAAGACACAUGCACUAAACAUUUUACCCCAUAACAAAGAGCUGACCUUAAAAUCUGCAUGACCUGUCUUUGCUACUGUACAAGUGUUGUGUUUUCUACGCCACAAAAUAGCUUCUUUGAAAACCAUGAAGUCUGCGACAUGAUAUCUAAGAUAGCAGCGAAAGCAAACCACAACCUGAGACAACAGAAGAAGUGUGGGGGGGCCUCUUUUUGUAUGUUUGAUGGACCAAGAAGACAAAUUUUUAACAAAAACUAAAGUUAAAAUAAAGCAUAUUGCAUAAAAUUAAAUAAAAGCAGGAUUUUGUUAACAAAUAAAAAAUAAGCAAGCAUGACCACUAAUUACACAAAUAACAUGUAGUGUGAAUUCAUUUUAAUUUCGUCUUUCUCUGUAUGUGGACGAUACAGAUGGAUAAUAUUGAAGUAGAAAUAAAAAUAAUUGUUUAGAAGAUUGUAUUUCUAGGAAAACAUCACCUUUACCCAAAUAAGACUCGCAUCAAGACAGAACUAAAAAUGAGAACCUACAUGGACAUGAUAACCCUGUUAGGGAUUCAGCUCUCAGUAGCAUUAGCUGCUACUUUUAAACUCAAUGUUUUCUAGGAUUUGAAAUCUUCUCAGGGCCCAGAAGCCCUGCUGGUUUUCACCCUGCUCUCGAGUGACAGACUGAUUUAAAGCGGCACAAUGACUUAUGGCACAAUUCAGCAGGCGGAGACGCAUCUUGAAAGCCGACACACCUGCACACGGUUUGAUUUACUGAUCAAUUAUCUGAUGCAUUCUUGACAAAGCUGACGUUUUUUUUGUUUCGGUCUGACGGCAGUCACUGGCACCUGUUUGUCUUUAAAUCAAAUCUGUCAAGAGAGAAAAGCUUUAGGUCUGCUAAUUUUUAUUCCUGCUUGUCCCCAAUUUUUGUUUUGAUAAUGUGAAUUUGGCCUAUAAAGUUGGAGGACUAAGAAGGGUCAGACGUUUAAAAAAAAAAAGAAACCCUGAUUUUUCGUCUUUAAUAUGAGUGAGCUCCGAAAAUGAUGCAGCAAUAUCCUGCAUUCUCACAUUAAACCCUUUCUGCCUCUUGAAUGUCCACUUCUUUUACACUCUACGUCUCCAGUUUGUAAAGCAGUCUUUGUGUUAAAUAAAAUCUUAUGCUGCAUUCAUGUCAUAUGAGAUUACUUCAACUUCCAAGUAAUAAAUACAACUGUAUCCAAAUUGGCAUCUACUAUUACAUAUGAAAACUAAACAAUCGCCUCAAAGACAGACUUUAGAUGGCAUUAAACCCAACUCCUAUUGUGAAUUUACAGUCUGAAAUCUGUCCCAUCGCUUCAGUGUAAGAUGGGAAUGUGGCAUAAAUCUCAUUUCUCAGACAAACAAAACUAAACUCAACUUCCUUUAUAAAAUCAGUGGAGUGCCCCUUUAAAUUGUAAAACAAUUCUUAAAACAGACCCUUAAAGACCAUAAAACACACAUUAGUCCAGGUGUUUCAGAGGCUCUCAUUUUAGGAGCUUCAUGUGGGCGAUCAGCACUGCAGCAGCACAGGCCAGGUGGGAACAAUCACCUGCAAUUAACUCAGCAGCAGGAUAAAAAGCUUGAAGCAAGCUGAGUCCUGAUGAGCAGGAAGCAGCUCAGAGACACACAUCUUGAACAGUUUGGGGGUCGACAUAGACGGUGACUGUGAUCACCUUCAAAUCAGUAAUAUGGGUCGUGUUUGUCAGUGUGACACCAACGUGAAACAGGGAUAAUGUUCAGAUUAACAGUCAGUCAAACCAAAGGAGAAUGCUCCAAACUGGGAGUAGUGGUUCUGACUAUGUUAUGUGGGCAUGAGAGCGCCUUAGUAAGGUGGUUUCACAACACAGCAGCCUUCAGAUCUUGCAUGAGCCUCCUCUUCCUCCCUCACGCCUUUCCUAUAUUCUCCUUCUGCCUGCCUCAGCGUGAAUCCCUCCAACACUAUAACACAACUCAGAAAAAGGGAAGAAAAAAAAAAAAGAACCCCGAGGUGGUGGUGGUGGUGGUAGUGGGGAAUUUUUACAAAGGUACUCUAGUGUUUAUUACUCUAAACGAAGGUGGCUGACUGGGGGAACGCCGCUUCUCCCGCUUAUGUCUUUCCUAUUUCUCCUGUAUUUCUGUCGAGUACUCUUUGUUUCUACCUCCCCUUGGCAUUUUCACGUUUUGUUUUUUUGUUGUUGUUUUUUUUUUUUUGUAUUGGAAUCUAUAUUUACUGUUUAGACUGUUGCUGAACCUCUCUGUGAUAUCAAAAUGAAAGAAAAUUUACAAAAAAAACACCAAGUGUCUUAAAAUAUUGUAUCGCCAUCGUUUUUAAUGCCAAGUACUACUUGUAAAUGUUUGUGUAUCAAAUGUGGCCUCAAAUGAAACUGAACUAUAUUAUUAUUAUUAUUAUUAUUAUUAUUAUUUGAGCAGUUAUUUUAAAAAAGUGCUGUAGACCACUGCUGUGAAAGUAGUUGAUUCUGUUCAUUGAUAUGUAAUAAAUAUUUAUGAAAUUUGAA